AUGGAACUGCCUAUGGUUGACGUUUCCCUCCUUAGCCAAGAUUCUAACGAGAAAUCUAUAGUCAUCAAGCAGAUUCAAGAAGCUUGCCAAACUUGGGGCGCUUUUCACGUUAUUAAUCAUGGGGUAUCCGAAGCAGUCAUACAAGCCGCCAUGGAAGUGAACAGAAACUUCUUUGACUUGCCGGAGAUGAUGAAAAAGGAGAUAUUGGAGCUUGGUUCCAGGGACAUGUUCAGCCCAGUAAAACUGCUUACUUUUCAACGCAGUGCUCGGGGCAGUGACCUGCUCCAAAGGGACUUAGUGAGGCUUUAUGCCAAUCCUUUUGAAGACUUCAUUGAUUUCUGGCCCACCGAACCUGCGGAUUACAGGGAGAAAAUGGGAAGGUACACGAAGGACGUGAGAAAAUUGGGCAUCACAUUGUUUGGAGCCAUCAUGGAAAGCUUGAACUUGGGUCCAACACACCUUCAAGAAAAUUUCGAUAAAGGAAUGCACAUGGUUAUAGCAAACAGUUACUCACCACCAACUCCAGAAUCAAGCAUCAAGAUAGGUGUAGCUCCCCAUUCCGAUCAUGGCAUCAUCACCAUUCUCCUGCAAAGCUCACCGGGUCUUGAGGUCCUGGACAUGGCUGAUGGUAAAUGGAAAGCUCUUCCUUGCCCAGAAGGGUCCCUUCAAGUCCUUGUUGGAGACCAUCUGGAGCUAUUAAGCAAUGGAAUAUACAAAAGCGUUUUUCACCGGGCAACACUAAGUACCCGCACUACUAGGAUGUCUUUAGCUAGUUUUCAUAAUUUUGAACUGGAUGAGGUGGUUGAGCCUGCUACUGAACUGACUGCUGAAGAUUGUCCUAAAAGAUACGAAGGAUGCAGCACAAGGGACCUCAUCAAAGAUAUCUAUUCUGGAGAAGUUGGACGUCUCAUUGAUAGGCUUAAAAUCUGA